AUGCUAUCCUCUAUCCUGUUUUGGGGACUUGUUGCUCUCAUUGGCACUUCUAGGGGCUCAUACCCUUUCACUCAGUCAAUGAGCCCUCACUUGCAUCCCCGCCUGUACCACGGCUGCUACGGUGAUAUCAUGACCAUGGAGACCUCUGGUGCUUCUUGUGAUAUAACCAGGUUGAUUAACUGUGGGAUCCGUGGUUCUGAAAUGUUUGCUGAGAUGGAUUUGAGGGCCUUAAAGCCUUACCAGAUUCUGAUUAAAGAAGUUGGGCUGAGGCAUUGUGUGGACCCUGCUCUCAUUGCAGCCAUCAUCUCCAGAGAAAGCCAUGGUGGAGCAGUCCUGCAAGAUGGCUGGGACCACAGAGGACUUAGAUUUGGCUUGAUGCAGCUUGAUAAAAAAAUUCAUCACCCUGUUGGUACCUGGGACAGCAAAGAACACCUAUUGCAGGCUGUUGGGAUUCUAACAGACAAAAUAAAGGCAAUCCAGAAAAAGUUCCCCACGUGGAGUGUGGCUCAACACCUCAAAGGUGGUCUCUCGGCCUUUAAGUCAGGAAUCGAUGCUAUUGCAACCCCAGUGGACAUAGACAAUGACUUGGUCAAUGAUCUUCUCGCCCGAGCUAAAUUCUAUAAAAGACAUGGCUUCUAG